AUGGGGUGGUUUUGGGCUGAUAAACGCUCAAAUGAUAUUGCUUCAUUUCAGGACAUUCCUUCCAUCAAUAAGAAAUCAGGAUCGGUCGCCGAUGAGAGUGAUGUAGGUAGAUGUCCUGUUAUGGCCGGAAAGUCAAAGGUUGACGUUGAAAAGUCACCUUUCAACCCCUUGAAUAACAUGCCAGAAUUAUCUCAGACCAGUCAACACGGACAAAAGACUAUUUUACCAAAGGAGAGAACCGUGUCUAGUAUACCAAAAGGUUCAAGUAACGAGUUUUGGGAAUACCCUUCUCCGCAACAAAUGUAUAAUGCUAUGAUUCGGAAGGGUAAGAUUGACCCAAACACUGGAGAAGAGAUACCAGAGGAUGCUGUUGAAUCGAUGGUUAAUGUCCAUAACUUUUUAAAUGAAGGAUGUUGGCAAGAAAUACUUGAUUGGGAGAAACCCUAUACUGAAAAGAGCAAAAUUGAACCUAAACUACUAAAAUUCACAGGAAGACCGGACAAGUUAUCUCCUAGAGCUCGUUGGAAUUAUCUAAUGGGAAAACUAUUCCCUGAGACUUAUCAUGGAGAACUUCCAUUUGACAGACAUGAUUGGGUAGUUUUACGAAGCAAUCCUGAAGGUAAGAAAGAAGUCCGGUAUGUGUUGGACUUUUAUGGGGGACCUGAUGAUGCUAAUGGGCUUCCAACAUUUAAUGUUGAUGUCAGACCAGCCUUAGAUAGUUAUGAGAACUGCCGCGAUAGAUUCAUUAGGUAUACCUCUCCGAUAAUGGACGAAUAUUUCUCUAAGAAGUGA